AUGAAAGCUCAUUUUCAACCCCAGGCACCAGAAGCUGAUGCUCCAGUGAUUUCUGCCCUGCUUUUCUUGGAUGCUAUUACUUGGGAGUUACCUGUCAUCUCCAAGACCAAUUGCUUCUCACCUGCUAUUGCAGUAGGUCAUCUCAUGAUAGAAGCAGAGCUGACAGAGUGCUCCAGGGAGGUGUUUGGUCUGGUGGCACAUAUCCUCCGGAGCCAGAGGAACUUUGUCUUUGAUGCCAUGGGAGUCAGGUUGCCGCCUGGAAGUAAACCUCACAGUCUCUCAGGGACCGCCCUACCGCCGCCCCCCGACGACUGGGGCCCCCUGGAGUUUCUAACUCUCAGGUUUGUCCUUCUGAGCCCCCCGCAUAACCUCAGUUACAUCUCGGCUGUUCCCGCCCAGGCCCUGGACCCCACAGUGUUACCCACGCGGGAGCCUCCACUCAGGGUGGAAUGGCGUCUUCUAAGUUUCUUACCUGUAGAACCAGAAAACAGUUUCCCCUACGUUUUUGUUUUGUUUUCUUGA